CAUCAGAUUAUAUAAUCUAUUGAUUUAUUUUUAGUUAUUUAUUAGAGAAAUAUUGUUUUUCUGGCGUUAAAAAUGAGGAAAAAUUGUUUGAUAAGUGUUUUAACAUUAAUUGCGGUAUUAAUUGAAUUGAGUUUUGCAUUCAAUAAGUAUUCAAAAGAAGCAAAUGUUAAGCAAUUGUCAAAACCCUUUCGUAUGAAGAAAUUGAAUGACUUCUGGGAGAAAGCAGUUCUGAGUCUCGAUGAGAGCAAACUCAAGAAUCUGAUGGCAGAUCUGAAGGUUCAGGACAAGGAAGAGGUGACACUUAAGAAGUUCAAAGCCGACGGUCAGGACAAGGAUGGUAUCAAAGAAGCGCAGGUCAGGAAACAGUUGGCCGCUAUUCUCAAGAAAUACGGCUUAUCUGAUGUUUACAAGAGUAACAAACAUUUGGACAAUAAUGCGGGCGAUGUGUCCGAUGACAGCCAUUCCGAUCAAUACAUUGAGAAACAGAUAUUUCGGGACAAAAAGUUGGAUAAACUUUGGAAAAAAGCGCAAAAUUCUGGUCUGAAUGACGAACAGUUGUUAGUACUUAAGGAUGAGUUGAGACACCACGAGCUGAAGAUUGAACAAUACAACCAAUUGAUCGCUGAUAUCAAUGUGUCAGAGAAUGGCAAGAAAUCCAAAGAUGACGACUUCGAGAACUCUAUCAAUGCUGUCAUGUAUGAGGAAGAGAUCAAAAGUGUCGACAAUAAGGACUCGCAUCAGGCCUUAAAAGAGAAACACUUUGACAUCAAACAAGAUUACAAGCGAUUGAGUGAUAAAGUGAUAAAUAGUGCCAACGAUUUCAAAACAUCCAAACAAGAGUUCGAGGAGACAAAAGCCCAAACGUUAUGGGAUUUGGCCCUCAAAUCUGACUUUAAUAGAGAAGAACUGCUGUCUUUGCGCGAAGAAUUGGAUCACUUCCAGAACCGAAUCAAAAAAUUAAGGCAUUUUGAGACACAACUGGAAAUGGAAACAAUGGGAGACAAACACUUGAAUCAAAACAUCGAUUCCACUGUCGAUGACAGCGAUAAACAUGUGAAGAGAAAAGUGAAAGAUCUGAAACAUAAAGUGAAUAAACUUCACAAUGAAUUGGAGACUCGGAUAAUGCAAAGACACAUCGAGUUGUGAACCACUUCGCUAUCAAACGUGCAAUUCUUAUAUUUAUUUGUAAUUAUGUCUCUGAAGUGAACAUUUAUUUACUAUUUAUAUCAAACUCACAAAUUUUGUUUACUUAACUAUUUUAUAUUGAAAUUAAAUUUUGCAAUUAUUAGGUG